GAAGACUAGCAUGCUGGGAAGGCAAAAUGGAAACAAAACUGCGGAGCGAAAGUGUACUUUAGGAUUUUUUUGCCUAUAUUAACAAAACCUGAUGGCAGCAAAAGGUAACAAAGAACCCUACCGGGUCCUCUCUGGUUACUGUCCAGAUGAAGGAUGUCAGACAAGGCUGUUCUUUCCUGCCUAUGAGACCAGCAUAGAGUGCACAGGCUGUGGACAGAGGCAUGAAAGGAACACCAUCAAGAAUCCCGAGGUUGUCACUGACCCAGAGGUUGCCUUACAUAACAUGCUGAAAAAUGUCCUGGUAGAGAAUACCACCCCAAAGAAGGGUACUGACUCAGUGAAGGUGUUAGGGCUGUCCAAUUAUCACUGUAAGCUUGUCUCGCCUUUGUUGACCACAUACGGCAUGGACAAGGCCACUGGGGAAGCCAGGCUAUUAAAAGAUAUGGGUCAAAAAGAAGUGUUUGACUGUAGCAUUCUCGGAGAUAGAGCUUUCCUGAUAGAGCAGGAGCACAUUGAAGUAUAUGGCUAUGGAAGAGAUAGGACUGGCAGCACCAAGUACCUGGCUGACACUCUGGAAAUGAUACGCAAGAUGAACAAUGAUGUCGAAAACCUUCUACCUGUCCAUGCUGAUGGAGAUGGACACUGCCUAGUGCAUGCUGUAUCCAGAGCACUGAUUGGCCGGGAACUCUUUUGGCAUGCCCUGCGCCAAAAUCUCAAGACACAUUUUACUGCAAAGCUUGAUAAUUACAAGGCUCUGUUUCAAGACUUCAUUGACCAGUCAGAAUGGAACUUGAUUAUUGAAGAGUGUGAUCCGGAUUUCCUACCCCCUGAUGGGGAGGCACAUGGAUUGAGGAAUAUCCACAUCUUUGGCCUGGCAAAUGUUCUUAAGAGACCUAUUAUACUUCUAGAUUCCAUGACUGGAAUGCAGAGCUCUGGGGACUAUUCAGGGGUGUUUCUUCCUGCCUUUAACCCCCCAGAGAAAUGUAGAGGAAAAGAUGGCCAAUUGAAUAAACCCCUGUGUUUAGCCUGGAGCAGUUCAGGAAGAAAUCAUUACAUUCCAUUGGUUGGGAUAAAAGGUAAACCCCUGCCUCGGCUAGCAAGGUGGAUUAUCCCAAAAGUCUGGGGAAUGCCUAACCAGCUGUUAGAUACCUAUAUCCAGUUUGACAGUGAGGACAAAUGUGUCCUGGGUGGGGAGAAGUGUCUGCCUGACAGGUACAUUCACCGUCUGGUAUCUGCCAUGGAUGCGGUUUUCAUAAACAAGUAUGAAGUACACCCAGGAUUGGUAACUGACAUGCACCAAUAUUGUUACAAGGCAACAGGAAUUGUUGGGAUUCACCCUGAGGUUGUUAUUGAAAAUACCCAGAAAGCAGUGGCAGAGAAGAGACUCUUUCGUUGUUUGACAUGUGACGCCAUUUGUGAAUUCCGCCUGCUUUCUGAGUGGUUUGUAAAGGGAGGCAGUCUGUAUGAGGUGGCAGCUUCAGCACCUGGGUCCCUGGUGCCAGGGAAAAAGUACAGCUUUCCUAUGAAAGGUUUGAUGUGUGUCUAUGAUGGGGAGAAAGAUAUCCUAGUACCUGAUAUGGAACAAAGUGGCUUGUCUCAAUGUGGCUGGUGUAGGGGGACUACACUUCGCACAGUAAAUGGUGAUGGCUCAGUGGCGUAUCAGAAUGGUGACCGUACCACAACCCAGGCGGGGGCCUCCAGUAGAUGUCAGUGUGGAUUCAAGCAUUUUUGGGAUGGAAAAGAGUACAACAACUUGCCAGAAGUGCUGCCACUGGUUCUGGAGUGGAAUGGCAAAGUGAUCCCAGAGAAGGUGUACUGGUUCCAGCAUGAGGAAGACAGUAGUCUGAACAGCAAUGUGUUUGAUGUAGCUCAGAGGGUGGUGCAGAAACAUUUCCCAGGUGAGUUUGGCAGCGAGCGGUUGGUUCAGAAAGUGGUGAACCAGAUCCUGUACUUGACCAAAGAGAAUAAUACUAUGGCAGCGGAGUCCAGCUCUACUACAGGGGACACCAGUACUACAGAACACAUGGAGACUGACGCAUCGUGGAGGCAGAAUACAAUACCAACUAAGAUUGUCCUCACAGGACAGAAGCAUAAGACUUUACACAAGGAGGAGCUGAAUAUGAGCGAGAAGGAGAAACAGGUGCGACAGCGAGUGGUGGAGAAUGCCCCUGUGCAGCAGAAGAGGAGAAGCACAGAGCUGGCAAGAAAGGCCGAGUCUGAAAAACACAAAGGAGAUAGCCCAAAGAAGACACUAAGUCAUGGUCAUGAUUCUGGAGCACCAUCCGCAUCACCCCCAGGUGGUGGAGGAGCCCAGUCUGAAGCUCAAAGAGUGGAAAAGAAGAUCAGGCUUACGACAUCAGAUGGGAGGCAGAUGAUGCUCAGUUUACCAGGCAGUAUUACAUAUGCAGCACUGCAGGAGAAGAUAUCCACUGAACUCCACAUUCCACCCACCUCACAGAGGAUCCGCUAUGGUUUCCCACCCAGGGAGCUGCACCCACCUGAAGAUGGCAAAGAGGAGGAGCCUCUCCCUCUCCAGCAUGGGGACAGAGUCACUGUGGAGAUUUUGAAAGACGAUAACGAGAAAGAUAAAGGAGAUGAGAUCAAGGUCUGGCAGCAACCUACUGUACCAAAACAGGCGUGGGCAGGGUUUGAUCCCAAUGCACAUGACCAUUCUGCUGAGGACCUUUUGAGGGGGCUGAACCAGCUUCAAGGAACUGGGGACAGCUUGGACAUGUCCAUAGCUUCUCUGACCCUGAUGGCCACACUGACCGGUAAGGACCUGUGGACAUAUGUCCAGGGACUGCCACACCUCUUCUCAGUGGGGGGAUUGUUUUAUCAGCAAGUGGAGAGAGAUCUGGGCCUGGUGGAGGGCAAGCAUUGUACUCUGCCUGUGUUACCAGGAAAGGUAUUCAGAUAUAAUGCUCAAGACGGCCGCUUGGAACUUUGUUUGGAGCCUCAUGGACACUUUCCUGUGGAGCCAGGCUUAGAGGACAAGAUAUUACGUGGUGGCAUCCCGCAAGCUGUCCGCCAUCCCAUCCCCGCCAGCACCAGUACCCACGCAGCCACACUGGCCUCUGGAGGGGCUGGUGUGGUGGUGAACAAACCUAUGCAGUUUCCCAGCCAACAUGUGGCCUUCUCUGGACAGGGACACUCUUUACGUUCAAAUAAAGAAAAUAUACGAAUGCCAACAGAUUUGUUGCCAGCAACUCACCACCACCAUCACCAUCAUGCUGGCACGAAAAAUAAAGCAUCAAGUUUCCAGGGCCUCUCCCCAAUGUUUGCCCACCCAGACUCUAUAGAAGAGGAAUCAGAGAGUAUGGACACUGGGGAGGGUGCUUCAGGGGGAGAGGAGGGGGAAACAGAUGCACAAGGAGACUCUUUAUUUAAAAGAAUAGGACCAGGUUAUAGUGUAGUAAACCAUGAAAGGACUAAUUCUAGUAACUCACAGAGUGAAAUGUUACGGUCAUUGGCAGCCAGUAUACAGGCAGCAGUGCAGGAGGAGGCAGAAGAGGACCUGGACUCAGACGAAAAUAGUGAUCAAGAAAAGCCAGUAGAUACAAAAAUACAAGAUGAGAUGGAUUCUACAUAGUAACUUGAAUACACAAGAUCCAUUUGCUCAUUCUUAAUCAGGUUCAAGGGUCAGUGAUCAGACAUUGCCCACCAAGUCAUCUGACAGUGACCAGAGGGUAUCUGUGGAUAACAGCAUCUAUGGCAAGCACCAAAAUUGCACCCCCGUCUAAACUUUUUUCUUAUUCUUUAGAUAAUUUUACAAUAAAAUCAAACCAAAAUACUAUUCAUUUCUUUUUUUUUGUUUUGUUUUGUAGUCAACAAAUAAUGCUACAUAAAAAUUUCUUUUUGCUAAAAACCCCUCUUAGUGGUGCUUCAUUCAAGUGGUGCCCAGGCCACAGUACCAUACCCUAGAUACACCUCAGCAUUGGACUGGCCACAGAAACCUGGCAGUGCAUAUCAGGAAGGUCAUACAGAGAAAGCAUUAUAUUGAAUGGGAAAACAAUUAUGACAGUAUUAGUGGCAAAAGAAAGGAUGGCCUGUUGGUUUAGAUAUCAUAAUUUCUGUAUGUAGAAUCUUCUUACUCUGGCUAUAAAAACUAUAUAGCUAUUGUUAAUUCAACAAAUUUCAUAUGAAAAAGCUGCAUGCCUUCAAAUAUAUUUGAUCUUGCACUGAGUAACCUGAUACAGCCCAUUUGUUAUAAAAGUGGACUAGGAUGUGGGGUUGUUAAAACAGCUGACACUGGUUUAUAAACUCUUGGUAGCCUGAAGAUUUGGGAAG